CUUAAAAGCCUCAGCGCGUUUUACCGCAGUAUCACUGGACUACCCGCGCGCGCUGCGACACUCCGUCCGGUUUUAAGGGGGGGAGAAAAAAGCGUUUGCUCGCUCACUGAGCCACGCGCAUUUAAUUUUAUUUAAUAUUUAAAGAAAACAGGCAGACGGCACACUACCUUUCCAUAGCACAUUUUUAGGUUGCUGACAUUUUUCCUUUCUCUUGCCAUUCACCAGGGCCGGACGGAUUGCCUCAGGGCGCGCGGUGUUCCGUUAUACGGUGCUGUCUCACAUUUCAUCUCAGUCUGUUUCGUUAUUUCUCCAUCCGCCGCGGGUUGUAGCGAGUAGAUCGUACCUGCACCAUGUCUAAGGAAGACGAUAAGGGAAACACCGGAGGAUGGAAGGAGUUCUUCUGGAACCCGCGGACGCACGAAGUGAUGGGGAGGACAGCUAGCAGCUGGGGCUUGAUUCUGCUCUUCUACCUGGUGUUCUACACGUUCCUGGCAGGGAUGUUCGCCCUCACCAUGUACGUCAUGCUGCUCACUCUGAACGACUACCAGCCCACCUGGCAGGACCGUCUGGCCAUUCCAGGAAUGAUGAUCCGACCAAAAGGACAGGCACUGGAGAUUAUCUACAACAUUGACCAAACUGAGAGCUGGGACACAUAUGUCCAGAAACUGAAUAGCUUCUUGGGCCCAUACAACGACAGCCUGCAAGCCCUGAACAACGAUGUGUGCCCCCCAGACCAGUUCUACGUGCAGGAGGACAGUGGUGAGGUGCGCAACAACCCCAAGCGCUCCUGCCAAUUCAACCGUACCAUGCUCGGGGAAUGCUCUGGCUUGGGCGCCACCUCCGCCGAGCGCACCUUUGGCUACGAGAACGGCCAGCCCUGCGUCUUCAUCAAGCUCAACCGGGUUAUUGGAAUGCUGCCAGGGAAAAGCCAAUCUCCUUAUGUCACUUGUGGGGCUAAGAAAGAGGACAGUGACAGUAUUGGUGAGAUAGCAUACUUCCCCACCAAUGGCAGCUUCAAUCUCAUGUACUACCCUUACUAUGGAAGCAGGUCACAGGUGAAUUACUCUCAACCGCUGGUGGCUGUCAAAUUCCUGAAUAUCACCUAUAACAUGGAUGUGAAUGUGGAGUGCAAGAUCAAUUCAGACACCAUUACCGAGCUUAGUGAGAGGGACAAGUUCGCCGGACGUGUCUCUUUCAGGCUGAGAAUCAACAAGAACGACUAGAGCGCCAGUAUCUGCCAACCAAAUGCGCGUGCACACCACUAACACACACACAUACACACACACACACACACACACACACACAUACACCCACACACCAGCUCAAUACAAACAUAUGUGUAUUGCAUUCUUUUUACACACAUACACAAAAACACAUACAGGAUUUGAUGCAAACCCAUACAUAAAUUUACUUUGCAAUUCACACACACACACAAAUACACACAAGCAAAAACAUAAAUACGCACAUACACACACUCUGCACGCAUAAACGCUCGCACAGUCAAGCAAUGUUUUCUAUCUGUGUCCUCUCCUCAACUGUAGUGAUUGUGAAAUCCCCACACUUACUACUUCCUGUGCCAGAGGGCUCAGAGGAUUCUGGGAAAUGUUGUACAGACAAUCCCAGUUGUCAGUCCUUCCUUCCUCGAUUUAGACCUCUGUUCAUUCAACAAAGAGAGGGGGGGCAUGCUAUAGUGUGUGCGUAUGUGUUUAUGUGUGUGUCUCUGUGUGUGUGUGCGUGUGUGUGUGUGUGUGUGUGUGUGUGUGUGUGUGUGUGUGUGUGUGUGUGUGUGUGUCCAUAGAUGAACCUGUCAAAUUGUUUACUCCAUUGUUCACCCCACUAAGAGUUCCUGCCAGUCAUCCGAUUGCAACACACCCAAUCAGAAGCAGGGGGAGGGACCAGAAGGUGGUGGUGCAGGGAGGGGGUAGUUCUUGACAAAGGAGCAGGGAAUUAUGAGUCAAUUCAUUUAGCCAUAUAAAUCUACUUCACCAAUGAUGCUAAUGAUUACAAUGCUGUUGUUGAUGAUGAUGAUGAUGAUGAUGAUGAUGAUGAUGAGGAAGAUGAUGAUGAUAUCUUUGGCAGGGUCAGUGUUACUGGUUUUGGUCAAGCAGGUGUCUCUCUGUGUUUUAUUGAUGCGUCUAUCUAAUCCCUUUAAUCUGUAAUCCUAAUCUGGAGGCACUCUCCUCUCUCCAUCCCCCUUCCUUUCUGCUAUGCUGUCUCUUUCUCUCUGUUUUUCUUUUUUCCCUUCUUUUUUCUUCUCUGUUAGUUUCUUUUCCCCCUUCCUUUCCUAUUUUUGUUUUUCCGCUCUUUGCUCCAUUCUUGUUUGUAAUUUACCAAAGUGUUUUUUUUAUUUGAUUAAUACAGUCUCUCUCCAUUAUUUCCCCCUCUAUUCCUUCUUGUCUUUUGUUUUUUGUUCUUCUUUAUCUUUGCUUGAUUUGAUUUCUUGCUCAUGCUGUCUUUUCUCUUACCAAUUAUUCCCUCUCUACCUCUGUUGUUUGUUUGUUUUGUUUUGGGGCGUUGAUUAAGAAGGCUCCUGCUUCAUUCAUUGACCUAUUUAUUUAUUUUUACAUAUUUAUUUAUGACUUUAUUGCAUUGUUGUUUUUUAUUUGGAUUGUUUAUGAAAUUGAUUGCAUUUAUACAUAUUUAUUUGACCAUGUUCAUGCACUGCUAGUGGGCUAAAUUUAUGAUGACCUCUAAAGUUGUUUCAUAAUGAUAUCAUGGUAAAGUAAUGGUACACUUGAUACACUGAUAUAGCCCACGAACAUACAGUACCUUUAUUAUCUGUUUUAAUGCAUACACACAAACACAUUAACACACACACACACACACACACACACACACACACACACUCACACACACACAUACAAGUACAAACAUAUACAUACAUACAUACAUAGAUAAACUGAUAAACUCAUACAUUUUUCAAGCAUGCAGUACUCCAAAGUCUGGAGUGUGUAUUCAGUAAUUGUUAUCAUGGUUGCACUAUAUCGAUUCUAAAUGGCUAAAACUCGAUUUAGCUCUUAAUUCAUAAACAACCAAUCAAGUUCCACGUUGAAAUGCCUGGACCAGUCACAUUAGUCAUAUUCUAUUGGGCCACAUAAUGAUCACUUUAUGAGAAAUGUUAGACAAUUUCUUUUUUUUCUUUUCAUUCCUCUAUGAAAUCAUAUCUUCUCUUUUUUGUCCUCAAAGCAAUAUAUCUUGAUUGUGUGUUGCGUGGCUAACUGUACAUAUUAAUGAGGGUGGGGGGGGAUGCAUUCCUCUCUUUCUUAGAGAGAAAGAGGAGGGAAAAGAGUAUAGAACAGAGGGAGAGGGGGUUAGGAUGUAUGUAAAAUAUCAAACCAUAUGAUUUGCCAAUGCUGAUCUUAAAAGUGUGUAGAUGACUGAUGAAGGUAGUCUCUAAAAAUAGCAUCCUGGUGUUUUUUAUUCACGUCUUUCUUUCAAGUUAUUUAGAUUUACUGUUCCAUUGUAUAGAGAACGUUCAGUAGCACAGCACUGAACAAGACUGGGUUUUAGAGCCUAGUACUGGGGAGGAAAAAGUAUUUUCUUUUCUAUUUCAGUUCUUGUUAGCCUGGCACUCAAUAAACUGAUAUUUGUUAGCAUAUGGCUAAUAUGCAUGGGGCUAGUUAACAUGGCGCUAGUAAGAAACCGCAUCGAUUUCAACAGAGGCAGAUAAGCAUAACACGUUUUACAAUUUAGUGCUUGUAAGCACAGUACUAGCUCACUUGGUGCUGGUCAGUUUAUUUGUUGUCACCAUAAGGAUAGUGAUGCUGCUAUGAGCGUCUUUGGGGCUUGACUGUGGCACAAGACCACUUUCCUUUUUCUCUCAGUAUUCCCUCGUCUCAUCGCCUGUUCUGUGUGUCGUAUUGUUUAUGUUUUUUUUUGGGGGGGGGGGGCACCAUAGUUAUACUUUGAGCAUAAUUUGAAAGUGUGAGUGAGUAUGUAUGUGUGUGUAUGUGCUCACAUUAAAAAGAGAGCGUCUAGAUAAAUAUUUAAAUACAUAUGAAAAAACACAUUACUACAGACAUCGCCUUGACAUAAAAAAUCUCUUCAUAUCAACUCUGGUCUGUUCAUGGGAAAAAUAUGUUUACAUGGUGCAGCACUAAUUGAAUCAACACCAUUUCUUUGUAGACUCUUACCUUGUGCAGAGUGGCACUCCAUACCAUGGCAGUUUUAUGCUCCCAUUCAGGCCUGUCAAACACUUCCCCAUGCAAUCAGUAGGAGGGAGAGAGUACAGGCCACUGCAGAGUCACCACAAAAUUUAUAGAGCAAAAAGUUGACCAAACAUGGAUUGGAGUGCCCUCUGUGUAUGGGACACUGGGUCUCCACAAACAACUUCACACAUAUCCAUAGAACACCUCAUUGAUACUGUCCCUUGUAGUGCUAUCCUGUUCCCAGUGCAUGAGGACUGGAAAAGGGACAGUCUUUUAUUUCUGCCUGUUGCAACUGCCAUACAUUUCAUAUGGGAAAUACUAGUGGCACCGUUGUAGUUAAAUGAGUCUUUGAUACAAUGGGCAAAACACCUGUGCCACUGCUGUGGAGUGAGGAGACAUAGCACUACUAACACUGCUUAGGAGUAGUCAGUGGUCACUCAUGUUUGAGUCGUUUCUAAGAGAGAUAGGUAAGGGGCAUCCAGGGGUGAGUCUUUGGUGAGUUAUUCACCUCACUGACUACACCCACUCUCUUGGGUCAGUGCCAUGGACUCAGACGACUAGUUCAUCUCCAUCCAGUACACUCCCCAUCUGGUCAAACGUGGCCAUGUCUGGGCAGUGGGCACCCAGUUGUGCACCUCAAGCUGUGCUUACAUCUGCAUGACGACUAAUAGCAUUAGUAAAGUAAACCAAGGUCUCAGCAAUUCUAUGGUGGCCAGCAAAUAGAGAACGAUGACUAGUGCCAAGGUAUCGUGUUUAACCUGCCCAAGAUGGCCGGUCUCAUGCACUGGGUUGGCUGUAUAGCUGCAACAUCUCUCAUCCUCAUUCCACGAGCCCCUGUGUAGCUUUGUCCUGUCCCAUUAUGAUGUCAUUAUUGUGUGACGGCUUCUAUCUCUAGUCUUUCUGUCUAGACGUCGUCUGUGUACCACAGUCUGGUACCGCUGAGUCAGAAGCAUGUGCCUUCAUCGUCUCUUUAAUAUUCUGCCCGUUAGAAACAAACACACACACACCAACCACCACCACAACAAGCGUUGAUGUCAUUCACAAACGCAUUAUUCAAGCUGAACUUGUGCACGUACAACACACGCACUCUCUCAUACACACACACAAAUGGACACAUUCCAUCAGUCGUGAUCCAGCUGAACUCGUUCCAUUGUGUUCCCUGUCAGUCGUACUGUCAGUCACACUGGUUCUCUCCACCACCCCCAACACCUCGCUUGCCCCAGUCAGACCCCCGCUGUAUAAUGUGUCCAAUCAUUGCACUGCCCACUGCUCAGCACUGACUAACUGCACUCUGUUGACCGGUCGAUGAAUUCUCCCUCAAACACACACACCACUCAUGCGUGACGCUGACUGUCUGUGGCCAUUCCUCUCACCUGUGCUCCAGGCUCCUCUGUGCGAAAGUGAUUUCUUCUGCUCUCAUCUCUCUCCAUUUGGGUUUACUGUUCAAUCAAACACUGCUCAUGACAUAAUAGAUGUAAUUAAAGAAUUAAUUGAAUAUACCGUUAUUUACAGUAUAUAUUGCCUGACUAAUAAAAAAAAUACAAUUGUGGAAACCUAUAUUCAAAAAAACAAGAAUAUCGUUGUAAAUGAAAAAUGGGAAGUAAGAAAUAAUAAAACAUUUUUUUGUGUUUAAAA